AUGUUAGAUUUGAAAUUUUCAAUUCCUUUUGAUUAGUUGUUGAUUUAUAUUAUCUUUUUUUUUUCUUUAUUAGUUCACGUUGUUAUAAUUUGUGGAGGUCCAAUUGUUAGAAAAGUAUGAUAUUAAUUUUAAUAUUUAGAUACCUUGGAAUUUCUUUUUAGUAGGACUUCAUAUUAUUUUAUUUGGAUUCUUUUUAAUAAAUCUAUACGUUUUUUUUUUGUUAAAAUUAUGGUAAGGAUACUUGUGGUAGUUUAUUGGAUCCAUAUAAAUUUUUAUUUUAAGUUUGGCUUUUUAUUCAUUUAAGACUAAGAAUAAUAUUUCAUAUAAAGGUAUUAAUGUAUUCUAGAUAUUUUAAGUUGGCUCAAUUUUACUUUGUAUUCCAACAUUUAUUGUUAUGGUAAUUUUGAUAGGAGUAUAUACACAGUAUGCUCUUUAUAUAUUUUUAUGCGCAGUGUUAAUUAUUUGUUUAGGGUUCUAUUUGAUUUUUUAAACAAACUUAAUUAUUGAGGAUUGGGUAAAGAAAAUAAUUAAAUUUUAGAAACUUAAAUUAUCUAUUCAUGAAUAUAUCUUAGGAUCAACGUUACUGAAUGCAGCAUUUCUGAUGUUUAUAAUUACUAUAUUAGAUUGGAUUAAAGCAAUAUUGAAUGGAAAGUGAGUUUAUAUAUUUAUAUGAAUAGAGCUUGUAAAAAAAUAAUGAAAAAAUACAGAAAACAUCAACUAAAGAAUAUGAUAAAAAAAUAAAGAAAAUGA